AUGGUCGCAGCCGCCACAGUCUUCUUCACCAUCAAAUUUGCUUGCCUGUCUUGCAUCAGCAAUAUGUUCUGCAUCAUCUUCUCAGGAAAAUUAACUGUCUGGAGAUUCAUCUGUCCAUUCUCAUGGGGGGUCCUCCGCUUCAAAGAGGCCAUCUUCGCUUGCAUCAUCCUGGCCGACGCCACCAACUACUUCCUGGGUAUGCGGUGGGUCUUCCGCCCGCCUGCCAUGGUGUGGUGCGUGGUGGUCUAUGUAGUUUGCUUCCCUGGCACCGUGCUCAUCCUACUCAUCCAUCUGAUCAAGCUACUUGAAUGCUUCAUCUCCUAUAUUGGAAUGGAGCUGUUGGAGUUGGCGUUCAACAUAGUGGCUGUGGUGUUGUACUGGUCUUCUGCCAUCCUCUGGCCAGUCUUCGGUUACAGGCACUAGCCUAACUAUAAUCUGCCUAUAUGUGACUAUUGUCACCAUGACGACAUGGUUACUGUGGGGACCAUUGCCAAUCUCAACAUCUACAUUGUGGACUUGGUCUUUCAGUGUUUUGGCUCGAGUUGA